UAACAUGAAUUUAAUAAAAGAGAGUCUGUUUUUAAACAUUUUUACUAUAAGUGUGCUAACUGCAGGAUCAGAAAUAAUUCGGCCGAGGGGUGUAUCGUUAUCUCGAGCCGGCCUUUACGCUUUCGAAGGAAAUUUCACGUGUUUUGAUGGAGCUAAAUCUAUUCCGUUUACGCAAGUAAACGACGACUACUGCGACUGUGUGGAUGGUAGCGAUGAACCAGGUACUAGCGCCUGUCCUAAUGGUAUUUUCCAUUGUGUGAAUGCGGGCCAUAGACCUUUAAAUAUUCCCUCGAGCAGGGUUAAUGAUGGGGUAUGCGAUUGCUGCGAUGGAGCCGAUGAAUAUGCCGGUCGGGUGAGUUGUACCAACAAUUGUCUGGAACUGGGGAAGACCGCCAGGGAGGAAGCCCAAAAGCAGGCGGAGCUACUUAAAGUCGGCAAACAAUUGCGACAGGAGUUGAGCCAGCAAGGGUUAAAACUGAAGGAAGUAAAGAAUCAAAAAUUAAGCGAUUUAAAGCGGAACAGAGACGAAGCGGAAAGUAUUAAAGCCGAGAAAGAACAGUUGAAAAAGCAAGCGGAAGAAGUUGAAGAAAAAGCUUUAGAAUAUUAUAGGGAACUCGAGAAGGAGUAUAAAAAUAAAAAAGCGGAGAAGGAAGCUGAAAAAGACCGAAAUGAAGCGAUGGAGGAGUUUAAAAAGUUGGACAUCAACCAGGAUGGUGUUGUCGAUGUGGGCGAGAUUCAAAGCCGCGCAAGUUUCGAUCGGGAUCGGAAUGGUGAAGUGUCCGAGGAAGAAGCCAAAUUGUUCUUGGGCAGUCAGGAGUCUGUUGACUUGAACACCUUUUUGGAGAAAUCGUGGCGUCUGAUAAAACCUUUUAUUAUGAUGGAUUCGGGAAUGUAUAAACCUCCCGUGUCUAACGAACAAUCAGGGGAUGAUGUUGUUGCCCAGGAUGAUGAAGGGGUCGAACCAGAAGUAGCAGAGGCAACUGAACAAGAUGAUGAUGAGGAUGAAGAGAACGAAGAGGAGAAGGAGGAGGAAAAAGAAGAAACAGAACCACCCACAGAAGAAAGAGUCUCCUAUGAUGAAGAAACUCAAAAAUUAGUAGAUGAGGCUACUGAAGCUAGAAACCAAUUUACCCAAGCCGAUACCAACUUGAGGACCAUUGAGAAUGAAAUUAAAUCUAUUGAGGAAAGUCUAACCAGAGAUUUUGGGUCCGAGGAAGAGUUCGCCACUUUGGAAGGCAAUUGUUUCGAUUAUGAGGACAGGGAGUAUGUUUACCGAUUUUGCCCAUUUGAUAAGACACUUCAAAUACCAAAAUCGAGUUCCUCUGAAACCAGACUUGGCAAGUGGAAGAGUUGGUCGGGUCCCGAACCUGAUCCCUACAGUGAAAUGCUUUACGACGGCGGUCAGUCAUGCUGGAAUGGACCGCAGAGGUCGACGAAAGUGAAAGUGUCCUGCGGCACGGAAAACAAAGUAACCAGCGUGGCAGAACCGAACCGGUGCGAGUACCAUUUCGAUUUUUCGACUCCGGCGGCGUGCCGGGCAAAAGGGGCGGAUAGUGAGAACCAAGACUUGCACGACGAGUUGUAAGGCGUAAAGGAAGAAUUAAUUAAAAAAAAAAGGUCGGUUCGAAAAGACAAUACACACCCGAAGAUUCAUAUUUUGCAAUUGGAAUUUUGUGUUUGAGCUGUUGUGUUUUUACUUAAAUUUGUAACCAGCGUUUUGUGAUAAUUAAAUAAUAAAGGUUGAUUAUUA